AUGCGGCGUCCAUUCAGCUUGUCCUUCGCUUUGGCCACUUUUGCCAGCACCGUUUUCGGAUUAAUUACCAUUUCUCAGAAUACCGACAUUGUUGGCAGGGCAAAUUACUAUGACGAUCUUCUUGUCAGUCCAGAAGUUUACCUCUCCUUUGAUAACAAGAAUGGCCUUAUCUUGAAUACUUUCAACGGUAUGGUGACUGUCAAUGGAGAAUUGUUUAUUGGAGAUAGUGGACGACACACCGGAAUGUCUGUGUACUUCAAUAAAGGCUUCACCAAUAACGGCAAGGUUGUUCUUAAUGCCGUGAACGAAACUUCUGCUCCCAGUUUUUAUUAUCUUGGUCCUACGUUUCUCAACUAUGGUCAAAUUUUCAUGGCCGGUAUUGGAAACACAGGAGGUUCUACCAUGGACAUUUGGCCUGCUUUGAGUUCUGUACCAGAGAACCAUGGUACCAUCACAUAUGCACAAAGUGGUACUAGGAUAGGAGGAACUUCGUAUUUUGGCCAGAACGGUCAAACGGUUCGCAAUGACGGUACAAUCUGUUUGUCUCAUAUGAACAUGUACCAGCAUUCUAAGGUGCAAGGUACUGGGUGUUAUUCUGUUGGGGAAGAUUCUCUUUUGCUUGUGGACAACCCAAACCUUUAUCCGUUGUCUGCAGCUCAAACCAUCUAUCUUGCCAGCUCUACGUCUCAUAUCCGCAUUGGAUCGGAGAAGCCUCUGUACACCUUCACAGUAGCCGGCUGGGGUAACAACAACAGAAUUGGGUUUACUGGUACUAUUAAGUCGGUCUCUCUUUCAGGAAGUGUUUUGAGUGUCAAAGUCGGAAGCACCACAUACCGUUUUGAAAUCGGUCUUGGCUACAUCCAGCAGUAUAUUGUAGUUGGUUCUUCUUAUUCAUCUGGCGGCUUUUUUAUUACGUCGUAUGUGAGAUAUAACAAGAAUCCACCUUCUGCAUCAAGUCCCGCUGUUUGCAAUGCAUGCCCGCCAGUUCCUGGUUUUCCAACUGGUCCUGCCAGUUCUCUGUCGGUUUCGAGCUCAAGCACAAGCGAGUCGGUUUCUAGCUCUAGUGUGACAUCUGAGUCGAGUUCUACACAGUCAAGUUCAGAAUCAAGCUCUACAGAAUUUAGUUCUACAGAAACUGAAUCCUCAAGUUCUGCUUCAUCCAGUUCCACCGACUCAAGCUCGUCAGAAUCAAGCUCGACAGAAUCUGUAUCUUCUAGUGCUACAGAAUCUAGCUCAAGCGAGUCUAGUUCUACUGAGUCUAGCUCUACUGAAACUGAAUCAUCUAGUUCUACUGAGUCAUCAAGUUCUACUGAAUCCAGCUCCACCGAGUCUAGUUCUACUGAAACUGAAUCAUCUAGCUCCACUGAGUCUAGUUCUACUGAUUCAAGUUCUACUGAGUCCAGCUCAACUGAGUCUAGUGCCACCGAAUCUGGCACUUCUAGCUCUGCUGAGUCUUCUUCUACAGAAUCUAGUUCCACGCAAUCGAGUUCAACCGAAUCCAGCUCCACUGGAUCAAGCUCUAGUGAAUCGAGCUCCGCAAGCUCUUCUGGGUCUAGCUCUACAGACUCUGGAUCUUCCAGCUCCGUAAGCUCUUCUGGGUCUAGCUCUACAGACUCAGGUUCUUCCAGCUCUACCGAAUCUGGAGCUUCAACCUCUACAGACUCUGGAUCUUCAACCUCUACAGAAUCUGGAUCGUCAAGCACCUCCGAAUCCAGCUCUGCAGAAUCAUCGAGCUCUACCGAAUCUUACUCUUCCAGCUCUACGGAAUCUUCUAGUUCUGCUGAAUCCAGCUCAAACUUCAGCUCAUCAAGUACGACAGAGGCCCAAACUUCUGGUACAUCUAGUGCAUCUGAAUCUAGCUCUGGCUCCACGGAAUCUGACUCAACUAGUUCUACGGAGUCGGGAUCCUCAAGCUCUACUGAGUCAGGUUCAAGUUCCACAGAAUCUGGAUCUACCUCUACUGAAUCUGGAUCCUCUAGUUCUACCGAAUUUUCUAGCUCUUCUGAGUCUGGAUCUACUGCUACAGACUCUGGAUCUUCUAGCUCCACUGGAUCCAGCUCUGAAUCUGGUUCAUCCACCCAAUCUAGUUCUUCUGGAACUAGCUCUACCGAAACCAGCUCAUCAAGCUCUACCGAGUCGGAAUCUUCGUUGUCUACUGAAUCUGGUUCGACAAGCUCUACUGAGUCAGAGUCUGGAUCUUCUACAGUGUCUGGAUCUUCUAGCUCUUCAGAAACUAGCUCCUCAGCCUCUUCCGAAAGUGAAUUUUCGAGCUCUUCAGGCUUCUCUAGCUCGACUGAAAGCACUUCCUCCCAAUCUGGAACUUCUUCUGAAUCUGGCACUUCUGAAACUGGUGCUUCUUCUCAAUCUGGCACUUCCUCUCAAUCUGGCACUUCUUCUGAAUCUGGCACUUCUUCAUCAUCCAGCUCAGCCUCUACAGGUUCCGGCUCAUCUAGCUCCACAGACUUGAGUUCGGGCUUUAGCUCCACAGGCUCCUCUGCGACCUUUAGCUCUACCGAAACGAGCUCAGCUGAAAGCUCUACACAUUCAGCCAGCUCUUCCGGUUCUGGAACAAGUUCGUCUGGAUCUGGUUCUUCUAGCAGUGGUUCAUCACACUCCACUGGAGAAACUUCCACAUCAACGUUUUCUUCAAGUGGGCUUCCUUGUCCAGCUUGUACAAAGUACACCACCACAUUCACAUUGUCUACACUGGGAAGUGUUAAAACAGAGUCUGGCUUGGUUAUUGUGACGACCGCUUCGAAUGGCCAAUUAACUACCAUGACCUCUCUUUUCCCACAAGAGUCCACUUUGGGCCCAGUCACUGGUACUUCCCAAAGCUCUUUCCUGGGAUACUUCAACACCUCAAAGAGUACUGUUGAGACUUUACCCACAACGGAUCUUUCCUCUACGCCCAAGAAUACCGAAACUGGAGCUUCACUGAAACCAGGAGAACAAUCUUCUGGAACGAAGACGAGUACUUAUACCCCUCUACCAGCUUCUACGGCAAACGGUACCCCUGGAAAUAAUGGUGGAAACACAAGACCUGGAGGUGGAUCUGCUAGUGGAACCAAAGAAACGUUAGCAAGUGCUAAUACUUCAGGCGUUCCAAGAUCUGCCGGUCUGUCAUCGCCUGGAAACGUCCAGCCUGGUGUUCCAGCUGUUUCCGAGCAAUCCAAGCCUGAACAAUCUGCCCACACCAAUUCUGGCAACUUGCAAAACCCCACGACAAACACUGCACCAAACAAUCAGCCUGGAAACACCGAAACACCGAAAACAUCCACUUACAAGGCACCUUCGUCCAAGACCGGAGAAUCAGAAUCUGCUUCUGUCCCAACUGGCUCUACUCCAGUGAUUUCUGUAACUGGAGGUGCAAGUUUCCAGGGCACCACUCUUUUUGCAGUGUUUGUGUCAAUCGUCACACUAUUCCUCUUUUAG